AGGUGUUAAGGAGAGAUCUGAGCUGUUAAGAAUGAGUGCGAAGCGAGAAGGCAAGAGAGAGAUGGUUGAACAUUUUAGCCAUCAACAUCUGCUGGAAUCCUCGUGGCGGAGGAACAAGUACGAUACGGCUCGUUGCUCUGGGUGUAGGAAAGAAGUCACGGAUCCGGGCUACUGCUGCCCUGAAUUCGGAUGCAAGUUUUAUCUUCACAAGACAUGUGCUAAGUUAGCACCCAAGAUUAAUCAUCCCUUUCACCCUCCACACCCUCUUACUCUUCUUGCAAAAGCACCCUAUGUUAGAUGCUUUUGUAAUUUCUGUGGCUGGCUUUGUAUGGGAUUCGUUUACCGCUGUGCUGCUUGUGAAUUUCACCUGGACGUCAACUGUGCUAAGCUUCAAGUAUCCGUUGCCGGCAACUUUGAAAAACUUGAACAUUUCAGCCACCAACACCCAUUGACCUUCAAUGAAAAGUAUAACAAGAAAGUCUACGGUGAUUGCCAGGGAUGCAGGAAACCAUUAUCAGGUCCGAUUUACAGGUGUUUGGAUUGUAGUAAGUUUGACCUUCAUAAGGAAUGUGCAGGGCUACCCCGGGAAUUGAAUCAUCCCUUCCACCCUUCACACCCUCUCAUUCUUCUACCCAUAUCACCAAAUUUUCCUUCAACUGUAAGGAUUUGCAAUUUUUGUCACUCUAUUUGCGCAGCAUUUGUUUAUCACUGUUCUUCUUGUAACUUCUAUCUUGACACCGGAUGUGCUUUGCUUAAGCAAUUUCUUGCUGGCAACUUCCUUAAACUUGAAUACUUUUGCCACAAGCAUCCAUUGACCUUCUUUGAAAUGCACAAGAAUGAAAUCAAAAAUCCUUGUUCUGCUUGUGGAAAGCUUCUAUCAGGUCCAAUUUACAGCUGCAUCGAUUGUGGGUUUCACCUUCAUAAAACAUGUGCUCAGCUCCCCCUUAAAUUUGAUCACCCCUUUCAUUGCUUUUGCGAAGAUCUUCUCGUUCUUCAAGCAGAAUGGCUAAAUCCUUCUCAAGCUACUUGUAGUUUCUGUAACAGCGGUUUGCGGGGACUUAUUUAUCACUGUGUUUCCUGUAAAUUCAAUCUUCACAUCAUCUGUGCGCUGCUUUUACCACUCAAGACUGAAAAGACUCUUGUGAUUCAACAUUUUAGUCACGUGCAUCAAUUGAUCUUCGUGGAGAAGCAUGGUGAUGAAGUCAAUGGCUCCUGCCGCGGGUGUGGGAAAGUACUCUCAGGUCCUAUUUACAGCUGUGUUGAAUGCAAGUUCCACCUUCAUAAGAAAUGUGCUGAGCUUCCUCGCGAGAUUGAUCACUCUUCCCAUCGCAAGCAUUCUCUUGUUCUUUUGGCUGAGCCACCAAGUCAUCAAAAGGGAUGUUCUUGCUAUUUGUGCAAAAAACAAUGUAAGGGAUUUGUUUAUUACUGCUCUGAUUGCGACUUUGGCAACCUGCUUGAAGACGUUGAGGAUGUUUCCCUUCCGCGCGAAAUUAAAGUCGAAACUCAUGAGCACCCAUUCAAGCUUCUCUUGAGGCCCAUCUCAUUCACCUGUGAUUUCUGUGGCAUCAAUGGAGAUCGCACCCCUUAUGUAUGCAGUGACUGCGACCUUGUGAUUCACAAGAAUUGCAUUAGGUUGCCAAGCGCUAUCAAAAUAAUGCGACACCCUCAUCGAAUAUCGUUUCAACAUUUUCUUCGACAAAAGAAAUCUAACAAGCUGAUGUGCAACAUUUGUCAGGAGGAAGUAAACACAGAGUAUGGGAGUUAUUAUUGUUACAUAUGUCACCAGUAUAUAGCUCAUGUGCGAUGUGCAACAGAUGAUUACAUUUGGGAUGGAACUAAUCCGGAUGAUGAAGAUCAGAGGUCCAAGGGAGCAUUGUCUUUGAUCACUAGUGUCAUUGAGGAGAUAAGACAGGGAGAAGAUGUAAUAGCAGCUGUGAUUAAACAUGCCUUUCACCAACACAUCUUGAUUCUCUCCCUUAGGGAUGAAGCGAAAGAUGACAGGAGUUGCAACGGCUGUAUGCAGCCUCUCUCAACUCCUUUCUUCAGUUGUGAACAAUGUCAAUUUUUUCUCCAUAAAAAAUGUGUUGAAUUGCCUAGUGUAAAGGAACAUCCACUACAUCGGCACCCGCUCGUUCUCUACAAGCCAAAUAAUGCAGAAUACCCAAGAACGUGUAGCGCUUGUUUACAACUUCAUCAUGGAUUUACCUACAAUUGUGAAAAAUGCAACUUCCACAUUGACAUUGACUGCAGUUUAUUAUCGGACACCUUGAAGCAUGAAAGUCAUGGUGCGCAUCAUCUGUAUCUUGACCACAGGUAUGAAGGGAAUUGCAGUGCUUCUGGCGAGCACAUAACAUUUCGAACAGGUGCAUAUAGAUGCAAGCAUUGUGAAUCAUUUGCCGUGAGUUUUAAAUGUAUCAAGCUACCGCGCACGGCUUCCUACAAAUAUGACAAACACCUUCUUACUUUAACUUACUUUGAUCAUGUUGAUCCUAGCCAAUGUUAUUGUGAUAUCUGUGAAGAAGAAAGAGAUCCAAAGUAUUGGUUUUAUCACUGUGCAUAUUGUGAUACUUCUGUUCAUCCCCAAUGUGUACUUGGUGAACUCCCAUUUAUCAAGCUCGGAAGCAUUUACAUACACCAUGUUCCUCCUCACUGUCUUACAUUUGUCAGAAAAAUCUGGGACUGCCCUCCGUGCAGUAUAUGCGGUGAGCUUUGCAUAAAUCAGGCUCUUGAAUGUACCAAACCCGGGUGCAACUUUAUCAUCCAUUGGAAAUGUAAAAAUUCUUCUCAGGCAAGUAUCCAAAAGCAAAUUUCUUAUAGAACAACUCAGCUAGAUGAUGAAGAUCAAAGGCUAAAUGUUAAUGAAGAAAUUCGCUUUGAAGAGGAUGGAAUAGUGACAUCUAUCAAACUCCCCGUCCAUGAACAUUUCUUAAUUCUUGGUGACGAGGUGAAAGUUGAUAAUAUUUGCGAUGCAUGCAUGAAGCCUGUCUCUGCUCCCUUUUAUGGCUGUGAAAGAUGCUUAUUUUUUCUCCAUAAAAAUUGCGCAGAAUUGCCCAGACAAAAGCGACACCCAUUUCACAGACAUCAGCUCACUCUUAAAGAGUCAGAUCCUGCUGUUGUUGAUGACGUGAGUACUUGCAGUGCUUGUUUGCGUUCUCACCAUGGUUUUGCAUACGUGUGCUACCGAUGUAAAUUUCAGAUUGACAUUCAAUGUAGUUUAUUAUCAGACACCUUGAGGCAUCCAAGCCAUGAGCACCUACUCUUGUUUCAUCCUAAUUAUACAGGUCAUUGUAGUGCUUGUUCCAACAAUAUAUAUGACAAAGGUGUAUACAGAUGUGGGAGUGGUUGCGAAUUUGUCUUAGAUUUCAGAUGUAGUACAGAGCCACCUAUGGUUAAGUCCAAGUUCCAUGAACAUCCCGUCAAUCUUAUCUACCGUGAUGAUUCUGAUCAAUAUUAUUGUGGUAUAUGUGAAGAGAAAACACAUCCAAAGCAUUGGUUCUAUCAUUGUGCAGAUUGUUACAAUUCUUUUCAUUCUGAAUGUGUUCUUGGGGAACUCCCAUAUAUUAAGCUUGGGAGCACCUAUAAUUAUUUUGGUCAUCGACACUUUCUCACUUUUGUGGAGAAGAUGAACAGCUCCCUUCCUUGCAAUAUAUGCCGUAAGCUUUGCAAAAAUCAGGCCCUUGAAUGUAAGAAGUCUGAAUGUGGCUUUAUCAUCCAUUGGAAAUGUAGAGGUCAAGGUUGGCAAACAGGUCGAUCAACAAAACGCCGUGGCUGAGAAUGUAUACAGAAGUUAUGGGCGGGGGGCUACUUGCUUUUUGGUACCUCUUGGAUACUCUGUUAUAAGGUCCAUCGACCAUAUGGUGCUCUUGUGAAAAAAGGAGAUAGGCUUGGAGAUAGGGAGUUUGUUGCCCAGCUGUGGAUUUUGUUUAUAGGGCUGUCCCUGUCUCUUUUGAAUACUGCACGUUCUUGCAGUUCUGUUCUCUUGGUGAACAUAAAGAAAGAAUAAGAAUGUCUAAUACCACUAUUUUUGUUCUUCUGCAUAGUAUUAGUUUCUCAAUUUCAAUAUUUUAAAUCUAACAUAACUUUGAGCUUUGACUGGAAUUAAUGGCGGUUUAUAAUGUUCAAAUGGUUCAAU